UUCACGCUGUUUACAGGGAGGGGGCACCAGCGUAGGCAAACUCUUAGCUCUGAGCAAGCCUCGCUAAAAAUCACCGCUCUCUCCACGGCAACAAAACAAUAUAGAAUACGGUUGACGGCGUGCUACAAGUACAGAGGCUCCAUCGACACGACGAGGCGCUUUACCGUGGAAUGAGCAUUCCAUGCAGCAUCCUAGGCAUGAAUGACGUGGGCUGGCAGGAGACGAGGGUUGGGAUGCUGCAUGCUAAUGGUGCUCCUGAAUCAGGGGGUGUCCGGGUUCAUGGCGGCGGGCCCCUGACCGUGGUCGGGGGUGGUGGACAGGCUCCUGGAGGACCACAUUUACAGGGUAUGGACAGAGGUUCUAACCUUACCCCAGGUACGCCGCAGCCUCCACUCAGCGGACGAUCUCAAGAUGAUGCCACGGUUGGAUACUUCUUUCAGAGACAACCUGGAGAGCAGCUUGUGGGUUGCACUCCUAACAAGCACCGCUGGCCAACUGGAGAUGCUAAUCAUAUUGAUCAGGUUCGGACCGUGGAUGAAAUGAAUUACGACUUUCAAGCUCUUGCUCUGGAGUCGAGAGGAAUGGGAGAGCUUUUGCCAACAAAAAAGAUCUGGGAUUCUGAUGAGUUGGCCAAGGAUGGAAGGAAAGGGAUUCUUCUUGGUGAAGAAUGGAGGGAGAAUGCAUGGGGGCCGUCUCAUCAUUCGGUGUCCCAGCCAAUCAUGGUACAGCGGCGGCCUGGCCAAGGUUUCCAUGGGAACGGGGAUACAAAUUCUGUGCUUUCACCUCGCUCAGAAGGUGGGGGCCUGGGUGUGAGCAUGGUGGAGUAUGUCCUGAGCUCCUCCCCUGGUGACAAAAUGGACGGUCGCUACAGGAACGGAGGCUAUGGUGGAGGAGACACUGACCAAGAUGGGAGAGAUAAGAGUGAUGUACAAGAGAAUGUGUCGCCUUUUGAGGAAGACAAAAACCCUGAGAUGAUGGUUGGAGAGGACGAUCCGGCUAAAACCAAUGGAAGAGGUCUGCUAAACGGCAUGGACAGAGAAUGCAAAGACUUCAAUCCAACCCCUGGAAGCCGUCAAGCAUCCCCCACUGAGGCUGUAGAGAGAAUGGGUCCCACUCAGACAGGUUUGGAAAUGAUGGGACAGCACCAUCCGCAUGUCCUCCAACAACAAAACCCAGUCCAGAACAAGAUCCCUGCUGAGGACUUCCAGAGCCAGGAAGCCCAGAACAUGGGUGGUAUGGAUCAGGGGGCUGGUGUAGAGUCUUUACAGUUCGAUUACGCUGGGAAUCAGAUCCAGGUAGACUCAUCAGGAACUCCAGUAGGAUUGUUUGACUACAAUUCUCAGCAGCAGUUGUUCCAGAGAUCUAAUACCCUAACAGUUCAACAGCUUACAGCAGCUCAGCAGCAACAAUAUGCCCUAGCUGCAGCUCAACAACAACAUCUCGCUGGGCUUGCUCCUGCAUUUGUGCCAAACCCUUACAUCAUUAAUGCUGCGCCGCCUGGAACUGACCCGUACACCGCUGCUGGCCUUGCAGCAGCAGCCACGCUUGCAGGCCCCACAGUUGUUCCACCACAAUACUACGGUGUACCUUGGGGUGUUUAUCCAGCCAAUCUUUUCCAGCAACAGGCUGCAUCAACUGCCAAUCACUCUGCUAAUCAGCAAGCAUCCAACCAGGGACCAGGACAGCCGCAAGUGAUGCGCACAGGAACCAACCAGCGACCUCUAACACCAGGGCAAGGACAACAAAGUCAGCAGGAGUCUUUAGCUGCAGCAGCUGCUGCGAACCCUGCGCUUGCUUAUACAGGAAUGUCUGGUUAUCAGGUGCUGGCCCCUGCUGCCUAUUAUGACCAAACUGGAGCCUUGGUUAUGGGCCCUGGUGCUCGUACCGGUCUGGGUGGACCCGUUCGUCUUGUACAAACCCCUCUCCUCAUUAACCCAGCAGCAGCACAAGCCGCAGCAGCUGUGUCUGCGUCCGGCUCUGGUAACAACAUGUCUGGACCCCCAGCCAACGGACUGUACCGUUCCAUGGCUCAACCUCAGCCACAGCAGCAGCAAGCCCCCCCACCCAGCAGCGGCCUGCCCUCAAGCUCUUUCUAUGGCUCUGGAUCACUCCCCAACACCUCCCAGAGCAGCUCUCUUUUCUCUCAUAACUCUGCUGCACCUCCACCUCAGAGUUCCUCUCUGGGCUUCAGCAGCACAGGCGGCUCUCUUGGUGUGGGGCUUGGCUCUGCUCUUGGAGGUUUUGGCUCUUCAGUGUCCAGUUCAACCAGUAGCAGCGUAUCUCGCAGGGACUCACUGUUGGCGAGUUCCGAUUUAUACAAGCGCGGCGGCAGCAGUUUAACCCCUAUUGGUCAACCAUUUUACAACAGCCUGGGUUACUCCUCUUCACCCAGUCCUAUUGGCCUAACACCAGGUCACUCUCCACUCACUCCUCCACCUUCUUUGCCUUCUUCCCAUGGGUCGUCCUCCAGCCUUCACCUAGGUGGCCUGACAAAUGGGAGCGGGCGCUUUUUUUCUGCUGCUCCAGGAGCUGAGGCCAAAUAUCGCAGUGCUGGUGGCACUUCCAGUCUGUUCAAUUCCAGCAGCCAGCUGUUCCCGCCCUCUCGACCCCGCUACAGCCGCUCCGAUGUCAUGCCAUCUGGACGCAGCCGCCUGCUUGAGGAUUUUAGGAACAACCGUUUCCCGAACCUUCAGCUCCGGGACCUACCGGGACACAUGGUGGAAUUCUCUCAAGACCAGCACGGGUCCAGAUUUAUCCAGCAGAAGCUGGAGAGGGCCACUCCUGCUGAGAGGCAGAUGGUGUUUGGAGAAAUUCUUCAAGCAGCAUAUCAACUAAUGACGGAUGUGUUUGGGAAUUAUGUCAUCCAGAAGUUUUUUGAGUUUGGAAGUGCAGACCAAAAGCUGGCAUUGGCAACACGCAUUCGUGGACAUGUCCUUCCCCUGGCUCUGCAGAUGUAUGGUUGCAGGGUCAUUCAGAAGGCCUUGGAGUCGAUUUCCUCAGACCAGCAGGUAAUUAGUGACAUUGUACGGGAAUUGGACGGACACGUGUUGAAGUGUGUGAAGGACCAGAAUGGGAACCAUGUGGUACAGAAAUGUAUUGAAUGUGUCCAGCCUCAGGCUCUGCAGUUCAUUAUUGAUGCCUUCCAGGGACAGGUUUUUGUGCUUUCCACACACCCUUACGGCUGCCGAGUGAUCCAAAGGAUUUUGGAGCACUGCACUCAGGAGCAAACUCUGCCUAUCUUGGAAGAGCUGCAUCAGCACUCUGAACAGCUGGGUCAGAAAUAUCAAGGCGUUUCAUUGGAGAUGACACCCAAAACAUAUUAUACAGUGUCCCGUGAUGCACUGUUCAAGGAUCAGUAUGGUAACUACGUCAUUCAGCAUGUUUUGGAGCACGGCCGACCAGAGGACAAGAGCAAGAUAGUGGCAGAAGUUCGCGGGAAGGUUUUGGUCCUGAGCCAACAUAAAUUUGCAAGUAAUGUCGUGGAGAAGUGUGUGAUCCACUCCUCGCGUGCAGAGAGGGCUCUCCUGAUAGAUGAAGUGUGCUGCCAGAAGGACGGGCCCCACAGCGCCUUGUACACGAUGAUGAAGGACCAGUACGCCAACUAUGUUGUCCAGAGAAUGAUUGACAUGGCAGAACCUGCUCAGCGGAAAAUCAUCAUGCACAAGAUCCGGCCUCAUAUUGCCACUUUGCGCAAGUACACAUAUGGGAAGCACAUUCUGGCUAAACUAGAAAAGUACUACAUGAAGAGUGGGUCUGAACUUGGCCCGAUCGGCGGCCCCACAAACGGACUCAUGUAAACGACACCCUGGGUCCCCUGAAGAAGUGGAGGAGUUUGAAGCCCAAACCCCCUGUUCUGAGAGAUUGCUCCUUUAGCCAUAGGCCUUUGAUGUGAUUGGUCAUCCCCCUUUUUUCAGUAGGGGGGCUAUUUACCAAAAAAAACCCAAAAAGAGAAGUAAAUUUCACCUAAGAAUGCUUUGACAACUGACCCCUGCAAGUCCCCAGCAUGGGCCCCAGGGGGCGGCACAGUCAGCAGGCUCCUUUCUGAUUGUUCUGUUUUUCCUGGGUAAAGCACAAGCCUGUUAAUGAUGUAAUCGAGGCAUCUGACUGGUUUUCAUAUUGUACAUUUAAUUUUUUACCUUGUAAAUUCUCUGUAGAAAAAAGGAAAUUAUUACAGAUUUGCUGAAAAUUACAGUUCUUACAAUUAACACCAGCAAGUGACUUUAUAAAGCAAAACAAAGUGAUUCUUUUAAAACGCAAUUCCUAUUGUUUUUCUAGCCAGACUUAAUAUGUCAGCUGUCCUGAUGAGCUCUAGGUGAUUGAAUUUUAUAUUUGUAUAAUAUCCCAUGCACAGUACAAGUGUUGUCACAUGCCAAAGCAGCUAAAUGAGUUAGUUUUCAAAUAGCACUAAAGAUUAUGGAUUGCGGGGGUGAGCUGUGUGUGCCACAGUCACCCAGAGGUCCUCAAGACCUUUUUCCUUCAGCUUGCCGUUGGGGAUUGGUGCUUUAGUCUCGGGUUCAUGUUCCACUUGUGGCUUUUUCUCGCCUCCAGACUUUGUCGGGGGAGCCGUGUGUUUACUCCAGCAGCUCCGAGUCCGCCUCGCGUUCCGGUACUACCUGCCACCAACGGGCAAAUCUGAGCUGCUGCUUUCAUGGAGCCCCUGUUUUUGAGUCGUUCUCCUUUCCCUCAUCCAAGCUAUCGUCCUGGGAUUAAUUCAAAAAGGCUGGAGUGAAAAAGAAGCAGAGGAGCAUGAGGUUUGGUUGUACAGGAGGUUUAAUCUUAACUUGACCAUAUUAUUGGGGGCUUUUACGUAGGGUAUUGUAGGGUUGGGGGCAGGGAAUGUGUUCGCAUGCCGUGACCAGCUUUUAUCCUUUUGAAUUGAUUUUUUUCUUUAUCAUGUUUUGUGUAACAUCUGUCUUGUAGUUGGAGAUGAUCACUGCCCUAGAAAACAGUAUAUUUAAGUACUGAAUAAUCAUCUCUUGCGUAGAAGUAGUUCAGUGAUGUAUAGCAUCUUUAUGUAUGAGUAAAAUUGUUGCUUAUUAGGUGGGAUGGGGCGGCUUGCUGUGAUGAUGAAACUCCCACCGCCUGAAGGUCAGAGCAGAGUCCAAAAGAGAGGACAAACGGUGAGGUGGAAUGAACUAAUAGUGAGAUGAUUUAAAGAAAGGGAGGUUUAAGGAACCUUUUGUAUCUGUUCUUUUUUUCUUUUUUUAAUAUAUAAAUUUAUAUAUAAAUAGUUUUUAUUUUCCAUUUGGUUGGGUUUGCAAGUGCACCGGUGGAAGGCCAUCAAAACUUAUACAAUUCAUAUGUAACGCUCGUAGUGAUGGCUUCUUUGCUUCUAAACUGUAGAUUACAUGUAGUAUAUGUGCAGUUAAUAAGUGUAAGAUUAUUAGUUGAAUCAAAAAUAUGUUUAGCUGUGGUGUUUUUUGACAGGCCUUGCUCUAAAUUUGUAGUGAUGCUUUUAUUUCGUCUGUACAGUUGUACAUUUGUAAACGUUGAUGCUGUAAAUGGGAUGUCUUUUACACUUUUUUUUUUUUUUUGAGGGGGAGGAGAAAAAAAAAAAGCAAAAAUUGUGCGUUUAGAUAUGUGUGUGUAUAUUCAUCACUCCUUUCCCCUUGAAUAUAAUGUAUACAGUUUUAUUUGAUCAAGUGUUAUUUUAAAGGAAAAAAAUAUGGCUUCACAAUCUGGCAUGAAUUUCUUUUUUUGUUUUUUAAUCUGUUAUGGAAAGGCCAGCCUCUAUUUGUACUGAAGCUGUAACAUCAACUGUUGAUAGUCUCUAAUGUGUGACCGUUUUAAAAUGGGGGGAAAAAAGAGAAAGCUUACUAAAAUCGAGGUUGCAUUUAGUUCUCUCUGCUACCAUGGAAACUUCACAAGAUAUGACAAAAAUUAUUUUUGUACAGAUGAGUGCUGUGUUUUGGAGCAGCCACGAACUUGUAAGCAAAAGCAAUGUAAAAUAUUGUCAAUUAUAUAAAUAUGAACAUAUGAGUUUUUGUCACACUGUCAGUCAUGUACAUUUUCAGGUGGCCUUAUGUACAUUUCCAGAUGUUAGAUGAAGAAAACAAACUUUUUUUUUUUUUGGGAAGCAGAAUUGUGACUAUGUAUGAUUAAAUUGUUCUUCUAACAUUUCA